AUGUCCAGCCCCACCAAAACAUCCGAAACCCAGCGCCUACUCGAACAACAAAGGAAGUUGGCGGAGGAGAAGAUGCGGGAGAGGGCGGAGAAAGCGAGGCAGAGACGGUUGGAGGAGGAGAGGGAGAAGGCUGAGGAGGAGGAGAUGGCCCGGGCGCUCGCGGCAGUGGAGCAAGCAGCGGAAGAGGAGCGGCUGCAAGAGGAAGCAGCGCUCAACAACAGCUGCAAGAACAGGAGGCGGCUGAGAGGCGCCGAAGAGGAGCAAGCAGCCGAAGCGGCAUGGCAGGCAGCUAGGCCUACAGCCUACCCAAGCACGGACGAGGAGGACGAAGAAGUGGUUGUAGAACGAACCAAGCGCAAAGGCAAGGGCAGGGUCAUCGAGUCAUCCGAUGAAAGUAGUUCAGAGGGCGAGAGUGGGAGCAAGGGAGAAGGAAGAAGGGGCAGGGAGAAGGAGAAGGGGCAAGAAGAAGAAGACGAAGACGAAGAUGAAAAGGAUGACGAGGAGCCGGAGACGGCUGCAGCCAUGAAGGGGAAGACAAAGACGGCACGCAAGGUGAAGUCGCAAGACAAGAGGAACCAGAUCCGGGACGAGGGGAUCGUGAAGGCAGAGGCGAGCUGGCCUGUGACGCAGGAGCCAUGUGCCCACUGCAUCGCGGCUGGCAUUCGUUGCCAAUGGAAUCCGGGUGCCGUGGAGAAGUGGCGUACGGCCGUCGAGAAUGGCAAGGGGAAGAAGCGUGCGCCACCCGGUGUCUCGUGCCCGGCUUGCAUGCGCGCCAAGAUUAUGUGCGUGCUGCCGGCUACAAAGUGGAUGCGUGACCGGCUUGAGAAGAACAACGACGGCAAGAGGAAGCGGGACGAUGACGACGAAGGGGACUUUGAGCCAGAGGGAAGGUUGAAGAGAGUGAGGGUGGAAGAGGAGGAAACGCCGCGAGCCGGGCCUAGCCGCGAACGAACACGUCGGGCGGCGGCUGUUGGGGCGGACCAGGCGCGAAGGAGGCAGAGGAGGGAGCAGGCCGAAGCAUUGGACGACCCAUUGGUCCACCUGGCGUGGUCCGUGGAGAAGAUGUGCCGGCAGCAACAGUCGACGAGCCGGGCGGUCCUUGAGCAACUCAAGGUGACCAACCGGCUCUUGACUCGGUUCGUCACGGCCUACGAAAAGGCCCACGUGGAGAAGAAGGAGGAAGUCAAGGAAAAGGGACCGGAAGAGGGAACGGGAGAGGGAGUGAGCCAGUAG